GCGCGCGAAGGGAGGUGGAAUGCACAACAGCGCCCCGGAGAAACAACAGAGCCAUCAUUCGCCGAUCGUCGGGGAUCGGGCUCAGUAAGCCAGCAGUGCGGGCAUCGUCCACUUCUGCUCACUGCCAUCAUCGGUCCAGUCAUGGCAACGACACGCUUCUUAGUGUUUCCCUUCGCCAUCUUUCUGAUCGUCUUGUGCGUUUUCAUGGCCAUCCCCAGUUUAGAGGCGAAAGAAGUCGACCAGCAGGUGGUGAAGAAGCUUCGCCAAAACUUGACUGAUUCAGCAAAAUACGACAAAAACUACCAGCCACUCAACAGUCAUGCGUCCGACACAAUAGUCAACUUCACAGUCUAUGCCAAGCAGCUGAGGUACAUGAUGCCUGACUGGGACUACAUGUCGCUUUCAGCAUUCGUCUGCAUGCACUGGAUCGACGAAGGGCUGUCGUGGAACCCGAGCGAGUACGACGACAUGCGCGAGGUGACAGUUGCUGACAGCGAGGUUUGGACCCCGACGCUGUCGGUGCACGAGAGCUACGGCGUGUACGGCGUGCGCCUCUUCUCGGCCGUCAAGACCGACCACCACGGCAACGUCAUCUGGUGCCCGCUGGUGACGUUCGGCAUGCGCUGCACGAUGGACCUGCGCGACUACCCGUACGACGAGCACCGGUGCGCCAUGAACGUCUCCUCCUGGGCGCACGGCUACAAGGUCAAGCUCAUCGGCAAGCUUGCCAAGAAGAACUUCGACCAGACGCAUCCCGACUGGACCGGCUACUUCGAGUCCAUGGACACGACCGAGUUCCAGCACCCAGAGCAGGGCGCCGACCCCGUACUCCGGUUCACGCUGUUCGUGAAGCGAAACGCUCCGGGCUACCACUUCACCGUGGUGCUUCCCUGCGUGGCCGUCUCCAUCCUCACACUGUUCAUCUUCUGGCUGCCGCCUUCGUCCGGCAAGAAGAUCACGCUCGGCUGCGCCAGCAUCGUCAUCAUCCUGCUCGUCAUCCAGAACCUGAGGCACGACCUGGGCGACUCCGUCCACGUGCCACGCGUCGUCCAGUACUUGGGUACCACGUGCCUAGCCAUCUCCGUGGCGACGCUCAUCUCGGUGUUGGUGCUGAACAUGGUCAAGAGCCCGAUGGUGUUCCGGCCGCCCGAUUUCCUCGUGUCCCUGCUGUCGGGCGUGCCCGGCCGGGUGCUGUUCCUGUGCCCGCUCCCGGCACCGCGCGCCGCCGACCACGAGCAGCUGGCCGACGCCACGUCGCCCCUCGACAAGCAAGACAUCAUCACGCGCCAGGAGUGGUUCCUGGUGGCGCAGGGCAUCGACCGCGUCGUCUUCAUCAUGUACGCCGUCUUCCUGCUCGCCUACCAUGCCUGAGCGUUCAAGAACCAAGGUGACUUGGCGUCAUCAUUGCGCGGUUGCGACUGACACGGGCCGUUAAGUUAUUAAAGUUGCCAGCGUGAGCGAGUUGGUACACUGUUUAGGAAGUCAAAUCAGUGCGGGAAACAACGAGGACAUCAUUCGAAGUGUACAAAGCGAAUGUUCCACAGCAAUGACGGUGCGGGUAUUUUUUAUUUUUAUUUUGUUUUGUUUUCUUUGGGUUUUCGUAUUUGUCUAUUUUUUGUCUUUUUUUUUUUGCUUUCCGUGUAUGUUUCUUUCGUGUGUGAAUAAAGAGAGACGUGUU